AUGAAAGGUUAUCUUCCUAAAACGGAAGAAGAGAUAUAAGAAGAUCUAAAAUAAAAAGAAAUCGAAAGAAGAAUAAAUUAUAAACCUUCCGAUUUAUUACUAAAAAAUGUUUAAAAAAACGUUUAACCAAUAAUUAAUGCUUUACGAGAAAAAGAAGUGAACAACAAUUAAAAAGAAACAAAAGAAACAGGGGUAAUAUUCCAUACUGAUUUCGAGAAAACCUUAAAGGAAUAAUCAAAAUAAUUGAAUUAGGAAUAAUAUUAAUAAGAAAAUAUAAAUAUUCGUAAAGACAAAAUCUUAAAUGACUAUAAAUAGGAAAAAACAAAAGAAAUAGAAAAGAUGUCGGCCUAAGAAAUCGAUAAAAAGCUAGAAGAAAUAGAUAAUACAGCAUUAAAAGAGGAAAAUUAUAAUUAUUUAAAUCUAUUUGGAGUUACUCGAGGACGUUGUAUGAUGCCUGAAUGUAUGAAAGCAUGUGUAUAAUAUAGAGGAACAAAUGAAUUAAAUAUUAAGAUUUGUGCAAAAAUAGGACCACCUACAUAUACUACUAUCAGUAAUAAUAUACCUAAUGUAUAUAGAAUUACCGAUUAGUAUGAUAAUGAUAAUAUUGCUACUCAUUUAUGUAAAUAAUUAAAUAAUUCGUAAAGAAUUGCUAUUGUAAUUAGACCGAUUGUUGUAAAAAGUAAAUUAGAUGAACUUAUUUUGAAUAUCUUUAGAAUCAAUGACUUUAUUAUUGUCAAUAAGGUUUUUGCUAUACUUACUUAAAAACAAGUUAAUAUUUUAGCAAAUUUAGAAAAUAUUAGUUCUGCUAAUAGGUAGUCUUACAUUAAUAUGAUGACUGAAGGGUUUGUUUUAAUUGUUUUAUUAACUAAGCCUGGAGGUAUUAAAGCUGUUGAAAUUCUAUCUGAUGGAUGUAAUACUGGUCUAAAAUUAUCAAAGACAAAUUUUUUAGAAGAACUAUAUGUAGAACACAAUUAGGGAGGAUUAACAUUUAAUGAAAAAAUUCAAAAAUAAUUUUAUAAUGUAUUUUAAUCUUAUACAAAUUUAAAUAUGUUUAGUGGAAUUAAAGAUUUUUUUAACAUAGAAAAGCUAAUUUUAUAAGAUGAUGAAUAUGAUGAUGAAAUAAAUAAUAUUUUUAUAAAUAAAGAAUCAAAUUAAGUGUUUUACAACCCCUAACAUAAUAAAGAAGUAAAUCUAGGAAAAAAAUAUAAUCCUUAAAAAAGAAUUAGUAUUAUAGAAGAUGUAAAUAAUGAGAGAUACAAUUUUUUUAUAUAUUCUCCAAAAGAUGAAAUAACUACCGAGUAAAUUGUUUCUAUUUUUAUGCCUGAAUGUGCUUCUAUAUAACUAAUUCAUUUAAUCUUAAAACCUUAAUACAUUCAAUAUAUAAGUCAAGUAGAGAAAAUGUUAUAAAAAAUGAAAUUUAAAGUUUGGUAUAAAUGCUAAAAAGUAAUAAAUAAUCCUUUAGAUGCUCGUUUAUUUAUUGAAUCGAUUUAAGUUUUAAAGACUUAAUCUAGUUAAACUGAAUAAAUAUACACUUCUUAUACUACAACCCCUUUUUAUAUUAUUUCUUGUGUAAAACCGGCUGGUAGGAAAGAAAUGUUGGCAUUUUUGUAAGAUUUCAAGCUUAAUGAUAAAAAUAUAAAAAUAGAGCCUAUUAAUAUACUCUCUUUAAAAAACAUGCUGAUUCCAUGCCAUACAGAUAAUUCACAUGAUUUGGCUCAAAGUUUUAUUAAUCCGAAACUUAGGGCUUUUUCGGGAAAUGAGGUUAAGGAAUUUAAUAUAGAAGAUUAAAAAAUGGUAAUUAGAUUUAUGUUAGAGAGCACUUUUGCGACUAGUAUACAUCCUGAAAAACCUAUUAUGGAAGAAAUAUAGAUUUAAAAUAUACUUUAUUCAAAAGAUUUUGUGCAUUUUCACGUUAAUUCAGAUGAUUUAGGGGAAUUCGAAAUCAGAAUUUACGAUUUUUAGUCUAGUUUCAAUUAAGAUGCUUCUUUUGGGAGUAUUUAGAACGAUUUCUAUUUAAUUUCAUGGUUUUAUUCAGUGAUUAAUAAUAAAUAUAUGCAAAGAUGUCCCUUGACUUAUUAAUAUAGAUUAAUGCCUGAUUAUAAGAACUUCGAAGAAGAAAAAAAAAACGUUUAAAGACCUAGUCAAAUUUUUGAUGUGCAGGAAUAUAUAGGAGGAUUUUUCCUUGAAGAAGUAGCUAAAUAAAUGAUGCUUUACAGAUAAUAUGAAAUGUCGGAAUAAUAAAAAGAAACACUCAGGAGGAAUAAUAUAACCUCGUAUAGAGGAUCUAUUGCUGCAUAUUUGUGGGGAAUGAGAUUGGCUAAAUUUGCUAAAGAAAUCGAAAAUUUAAGCUUUCCAUAGGAUUUGGAAGGGUUUGGGAAAAUAGAAAUGGUAGAGGGAAAAUUUUAAGGUUAAAAUAGGGACGGGGAAGGCUUUUUGGAAGAGGAUAUAAAGAAAUACUUCGAGAUUUUAGCCAGAGUUUAAAAUGAAUUAAAAUUAGAGGAUAUGCAUUAAUUUUAGAUGGGAAGUUUAUUUAAAAAACUGGAGAAUAAAUUAGAUUAAAUUAAAAGAAGUAAAAUUUAUAAAUAUAGUAGGUAACAUAAAAUGAGAAGAAUUAUGCCUAAUUUUAUAGAAAAUGAAAAUCUAAGGGUCAGAGUAGAUAAUAAGUAGAUUUUUAAGAGAGUAAUUAAUGAAAACUUCGAGACUUAAGAUGAAGUUUUUGAAAAAAAUAACGCUAAU